AUGGUUAAGAAGCGGGCGUCCAACGGACGUAACAAGAAGGGCCGUGGCCACGUGAAGCCGAUCAGAUGCUCCAACUGCUCAAGAUGUACACCCAAGGAUAAGGCGAUCAAGAGAUUCACAAUCAGGAAUAUGGUUGAGUCAGCUGCUAUCCGUGAUAUCUCCGAUGCCUCAGUAUUUGCGGAAUACGCAGUACCGAAGAUGUACCUGAAGCUGCAGUACUGCGUUUCGUGUGCUAUCCACGGCAAGAUCGUUCGUGUCCGCUCGCGCGAAGGUCGUCGCAACCGUGCCCCGCCGCCGAGAGUGAGGUACAACAAGGAUGGCAAGAAGAUCAACCCACAGGUUGCGGCCGCAAAUGCAUCAACCGCGUCACCGUGA